AUGAUACCUUUCAUCAGCAGGGAACUUUCUGUGGACGUUCUUAUCUUUCAUGACUUUACCCUUCCUGCAAAUCUUUCUUCUCUCUCUUUCUCUCUCUUUCUCUCUCUUUCUCUCUCUCUCCUUCUUUCUUUUUCUUUCUCUCUCUCUCUUUCUUUCUUUCUUUUUCUCUCUCUCUCUCUCUUUCUUUCUUUUUCUCUCUCUCUCUCUCUUUCUUUUUUUUUCUUUCUUUUUCUUUCUUUCUUUCUUUUUCUCUCUCUCUCUCUCUUUUUUUUUUUCUCUCUCUCUCUCUCUUUUCUCUUUCUCUCUCUCUCUCUCUCUCUUCUCUUUUUUCUCUCUCUCUCUCUCUUUUUUUUUCUCUCUCUUUCUUUUUUUUUCUCUCUCUUUCUUUUUUUUCUCUCUCUCUCUCUCUUUUUUUUCUCUCUCUCUCUCUCUUUCUUUUCUCUCUCUCUCUCUCUUUCUUUUCUCUCUCUCUCUCUUUUCUCUCUCUCUUUCUUUUUUCUCUCUCUCUCUCUCACUCUCACACACACACACACACACACACACACACAUAUCACAAGAUGCCAAUCCUAUCUUGUGCAGAUCGAAGAAUCGACCCUCCUUCUGGUGAUUGUAAUAAGUAUUACUGUCAUAAUUGUCCUUUCAGUGUCUAUUUUCAUCAUCCAGUAUUUUUUUAUUCGUCCAAAAAAAAACCGGAUUUUGAUUAGCCUGAAGCAGAUCGUCCAAGAAGAGGAAAAGUUCACGCCAAAAUUAAACUGA